GUGUUGCGUGCUCGCCCUGCUCCCUGCCGGCUCUUCCAGCGUUCCAGCUGUCUCGCACAUGCAGUGUGGUGUGUUCCGUCUGUACGAAAGUUUGUCUUGUGCUCUGCUCAAAUCAGAAUGUGAUGAACUUUUACCGAACAUACCUUGCAAACGAUGCUGUCUGUCCUGCUGCGGUGCAAAACGCCCCUCAGAGUUACAAAAAUAAACUAUGCACUCGUUAGGUAUUCUGGUAGCUACCGCGAACAAAAAAACAGGAGCCUUCUGCUUUACGUGUCUGCCUUUACCAUCUUCGUUGGCGGCUGUAGCUAUGCCGCUGUGCCAUUGUAUAGACUCUUCUGUCAGUCGACAGGACGGGGUGGGAGAGCAGUGGCUGAAGACCUAGGCGAGAAGAUGGUUGGACUGAAGAAAGUAUCACACAGGUUGAUCAGAGUCACCUUUAAUGCAGACACUGCCUCCGGACUGCGUUGGAACUUCAGACCAAGGCAGCAAGAUGUCACGGUUUAUCCAGGAGAAACGGUGCUGGCAUUCUACUCAGCCAAGAACCCCAGCAAUGAACCAGUAAAUGGGAUUGCUACGUACAACAUCAUUCCUUUUGAAGCUGGCAAAUACUUUAACAAAAUCCAAUGCUUUUGUUUCGAGGAGCAGCGGCUAAAUCCCCACGAAGAGGUGGACAUGCCGGUCUUCUUCUACAUUGACCCAGAGUAUGCGGAGGAUCCAAGAUUGGAACAAGUUGAUGAUUUGACACUCUCAUACACCUUUUUUGAAGCCAAAGAAGGACUCAAGCUUCCUGUGCCCACUAUUCGGUGACCCUUCUAUCACUUAGGUAUCUUGACUUUGUACGAUGUUGUCUGCUAUGAUUUCACAUCACACUGAUAGGCUUCCCAACAAUUUCUAGUUGAUACGUUUGGUUUAAUAAAUGUAGAUGUUGCAAAUGCUG